AUGUUUGGGUCCCGGGCUCGCAGUGCGUCAGAUGCGGCGGUGCUGCGCCGCAAGGGACACCUCAAGGAGCAGGACAAGUUCAUCCAGUUUGUGCUGGAGAUGCACCAGACGCACACCAGCCUCGAGGUGAUGCAGAAGAUGGAGCGGUGGAUUGUGGAGCACCGCAAGGACCCGCGCUCUAGCCGGCUGCGCCGCAUGGUCCCCACCAUCGGAUCCUUCUUCGUGCCCCUCAAGCUGGUGGAUGCCUUCAUGGAGUACGACGAGUUCUUUGCGCUGUCCCGUCGCCAGUACGUGCCCCCCAACUUUGCAGAGCUGCGCCACAUCCUCAACAUCGCACAGGUGCACGCCUCGGCCCAGUUCCUCAAGCUGGUCACCUUUGACGCGGACGGCACGCUGUAUGCCGACGGGCACCACAUCGAGCACGACAACCAGAUGAUCCGCCACAUCAUCAGCCUCAUGCGCAGGCAGCAGGCAGGCGGCUGGGCCGGCGGCGAGAAGGGGCUCAAGGAGUUUGUGGCGGCCUACCAGCGCGAGGUGGAGCUCAACGGCGCCCCCAAGAAGGAGGCCAAGCCCGUGCGCGCGCCGCAGCCCAUUGCCAAGGGCAGCGACACCAUCUACCUGGGCAACGGACGCGUGAUCAAGGACGACGCCAGCAAGUACCCCACCCGCAACGAGCUGACCGGCGGCUUUGCGGGCGGCGAGCUGGGCCUGAGCGUGUUCAAGGAGAAGGGCGACGUGCCCAUCGCCCCCAACGGCCAGGGCACCAAGCAGAGCAGCCCGCUGAUCACCGCGUUUGUGCUGGGGCUGGCGGCCACCGGCGGCGGCCUGCUGCUGUCCACCAUUGAGGAGGUGGGGGUGAGCGUGGUGGAGAACGGCGCGCCCGCCAUCAACGCCACCGCCAGCCUGGGCCUGGACGAGAAGACGAAGGUGUUCCUCACGGCCGCCAUCUUCCUGACGGGCGUGAUUGGUACCGUGGCGGGCGCCCAGGUGCUGCUGGACACCAUGGCCAGCAAGAUCCGGUCGGGCGCCUCCAAGAUUGCGGUGCUGGGCGCCUUCUGGGUGGUGGUCUUCCUGGCCGCCAAGGUGGUGCUGGAGGGCUGA